AUGUGGAUCACUGUGGGCUUGGUCUGCUGCUUAGUUUUUGGAGGACUGCCUUUGGCUCACUGCACUUGCCCUUCCCAAUGUAGCUGCGCCUUCUAUAGUAUCAAUGAAGGAACAAAAGCAAGAACUGUGCUGUGCAAUGACCCAGAGAUGACACUCACCCCUGUGAACAUCCCAGGAGAUACAUCUAAACUUCGAAUAGAAAAGACGGCCAUCAGGAGAGUACCAGGAGAAGCUUUCCAUUCUCUCCGUAAUCUGGAAUACCUCUGGAUGCCCUACAAUUCUUUGGCUAGUGUCAGUGUGAUUACCUUUAGGGGUCUCCGCCGGUUACAGGAAUUGAGACUGGACGGGAAUGACUUAAUCUUAUUUCCAUGGGAAGUUCUUGCAGACAUGCCCCAGCUACGGCUGCUGGAUUUACACAAUAAUGAACUCACCUCAAUACCAGCAGAAGCUGCUCGUUACAUCAAGAACAUCACCUACUUGGAUCUGUCUAGCAAUAAACUGAUGACUCUUCCUCAAGAGCUUAUUUCAACCUGGGCUAACCUCCAGGCAGUUCCUUACUUCCCCAAUGACAAUUCCAAGAUCAUCUUAGGUUUACAGGACAAUCCUUGGGUGUGUGACUGCAGUCUGUAUGAAAUGGUCCAUUUCCUAAACUUCCAGUCUCCUAACAUAGCAUUUAUAGAGCCAAGACUGAAAUGCUUUACCCCACGGAGUCUUGCUGGAGUCUUCUUCAGUCAAGUCGAACUAAGAAAAUGUCAAAGCCCUGUUGUACAUACUUCUGUAGCCAAAGUGAAGACCAUACUGGGUAGCACUGUGUUACUGCGGUGUGGUACUACUGGGGUACCUAUUCCUGAACUCAGCUGGAGACGGGCUGAUGGUAAUCAACUCAAUGGCACAGUGCACCAGGAAAUUUCUAGUGAUGGAAUGAGCUGGUCUAUUCUAGGCUUGCCUGUAGUCUCCUAUCUGGAUUCUGGAGAGUACAUUUGUAAAGCAAAGAACUUCCUAGGGGCUACAGAGGCUUUCAUAUCCCUCAUCAUCACUGAUUCUGAAGGCACUGAUGACCCUAAUGCUAACUCUAAAGGAGUAUGGAAUGGGAAGGUGAGCGGGAUGGAAGCAGCUGCUUACAAUGAUAAGCUGGUGGCUAGGUACGUUAUCACAACCUCAACUUCACCUACAUUAGGUGCCAGACCAGUCCGUGUUAACACAGAAGAGAAUCUAGGGUUCCAGAAUGAGGCACAGAAUAUGGUGAAGGAGCAGAAUAACAAUCCAAGAAAUCUUCUAUCAAGUCUACCUCCUGGUCAACAGGAGCCAGAACGUAUAGUGAGGUCUGUCAGAGUGAUAGGAGACACGGAUCAAAGUGUCUCAUUGGCCUGGAAAGCUCCUCAGGCAAAGAACACAACCAUAUUCAGUGUCCUUUAUGCCAUUUUUGGAGAAAGGGAAAUGCGCAGAAUCAGUGUGGAGCCAGGUAAGACUAAGAUCACCAUUGACGGGCUGAUGCCAAAGACCAAAUACAUAGUGUGUGUCUGUGUGAAAGGGCUGAUCCCCAGGAAGGAGCAAUGCAUCAUAUUUUCCACAGAUGAAGUUGCCAGUGCCGGUGGAACCCAAAAACUCAUUAAUGUGGUGGUGAUCAGUGUGGCCUGUGUCAUUGCUGUGCCUCUGACCCUAGUGGUCUGCUGUGGGGCAUUGAAAAGGCGCUGCAAAAAAUGCUUAGUGCGGAAACCCAAGGAAGUUCAGGAGUCCUAUGUCACAUUUGAAAGUCUGUCUCCAGGGGCCAAAACUAAAGGAGGGGAAGGAGAAUACUUGACUAGACACACCCCAGAUGAGUCUAACAGACUGCUGUCUGCACGAUCUAGCGUGGACUCAGAAGCAAUACCAAAGACAGAGGGGCAACCCAAUGAGUACUUUUGCUGA